UCUUGAGUCAAAAUAUAAGCAGGAACAAGAAUCGCAACCCGGGUAGGCAGGGCAGAAGUGCAACAAGGAAGAGCUGGCUUGCACAACUGGGGUUGCUUUUCUGUUCCGCUCGAAGGGUGUACAAUGAUUCUCGGAGUCAAAAUAUAAGCAGGAACAAGAUUCGCAACCCUGGUGGGCAGGGCAGAAGUGCAACAAGGAAGAGCUGGCUUGCACAACUGGGGUUGCUUUUCUGGUCCGCUCGAAGGGCGUACAAUGAACCAUUGCUGACGUGUUUCGAGCAAAGGUCGUUCCUAUUUUUUUUUCCACAACUAGCUUCGGUGACCAGAGAACUAGGUGCAGAGAGACAGAUACUCGACGCGUGCUUACAGACUAGUCACGAUGAACUUCUUCUUGGAGACGCUCUGGACGUUGCUGCUCUGGCUGUACUACAGCCUGGAAGCGCUGGUGAUGCUGGUGGUGCCGGCGCGGAGGAAGAAUGUGAGCGGGGAGAUUGUGCUGGUGACGGGCGCUGGCAGCGGCAUUGGACGUCUCGUGACGCUCCGCUUCGCCCGCCUGGGCACCGCGCUCGUGCUCUGGGACAUCAAUGCAGAGGGCAUCAAGGAGACGGAGCGGCUGGCCCGGGAACAGGGGGCCUCCAGGGUCCACACUUACGUGUGCGACUGCAGCAAGAGAGCAUCCGUGUACGAAGUGGCUGACAAGGUGAAGAGAGAAGUUGGAGAUGUUAGUAUUUUGAUAAACAAUGCAGGUAUUGUUACUGGAAAGAAAUUCAUUGAUUCACCCGAUGAUUUACUAGAAAAAACUAUGGCAGUGAAUGCUGUUGCACAUUUUUGGACCUACAAAGCAUUUCUGCCUGCAAUGAUUGCCCGUAACCAUGGCCAUAUGGUUAGCAUUGCCAGUUCAGCUGGCUUCUUUCCAGUGAAUGGAUUGGCAGAUUAUUGUGCAAGCAAGUUUGCAGCGAUUGGUUUUGCUGAGUCUAUUGCAUUAGAAUUGUUUGUUUCAGGAAAAGAUGGUAUCAAAACGACCAUUGUUUGCCCAUACUUCAUAAACACUGGCAUGUUUGAUGGCUGCUCAAGCAAGUGGCCAAAUUUUAUUCCCAUUUUGGAUCCAAAUUAUGCUGCUCGGAGAAUUACAGAUGCGAUUUUACGGGAACAAGUAUAUCUUGUGAUGCCACGGAGCCUGGGUUUUUUGCUUUCUAUUAAAAAUCUACUUCCAUUAAAAGUCGGUCUUGUUUUUGGAAAGUACCUUGGCAUUUUUGAAACUAUGGAUAAUUUCAAGGGUCGCAUUAAGAAGGAUUGACGUGAUCAUCAGCAAUGAUCUGGAAGCAACUGCUUUAAAUAUAUUUGGAAGAAGAACUCGUUCGUUAAAAUACCAUUACAAUACAUUUUUGAUACUAUUUUAUGUUAUUGUUAAUGCAUUUACACUUAAAAUAUUUGCAGUUCAAAACAAAUAUGUACUAACAAUUUAAAGCUUGUGGAAAAUAGUUCUAUUCCAGAUUAUUAAAAAUGUAUAUCAUGUUUUAAUAACCCAGAACUUGAGAAGUAAAUCUUAAUUAAGUAACACAUUUAGAAAAUUAGUAAAUUGCCUAUUUUUUUGUAACUGUGCAUUUAGUCUGUUUAGGAAUAAAUAACUGAGAAAAAUAGUAACAUGUCAAUGAUAAUGAUUCAUAAUGGCAGAUAUGUGUGUUAAAAUCUGAGAAAAUUGAAAGAUAAGUGCAAACUGAAAACCUCUGAUUGUAUUUCCUGCUCCCAAUUCAAGAAAGAGUGCAUUUGACGAGAAUUGAUACAUAGAUCUCAUUAUCUGUUGUUGAGUUUGCAGACGAAAAUAAUUUGAGAAUAAACUGUCUUUCUCUCAAACUGCAUGACAUUGUUACCCUAUGUGCAAAGGUAUUUUGCCACUAGAGAUAAUUAAAGUGAUUGAAGAAUUAAGAACAAGAGUGAAUUUUGAAUAAAGGUUUAUGAAUGUAAAGCAUGAUUGCUGUGAGGAAUGGCACAUCAGGUGAUCUACAAGGGCCAAAUGCUAAUUAAAUGUGUAUUGUCAAACUUCCCAUGCUUAAUGUAAUUUUAAUCAGGACAGCAAGUUUGUGUUUAGGAGCAACUUAAAUGUAAACACUAACUUGUUAUAGCUCUCAAAGGUUGUUGCAACAUUUUUUGUGGCUGAAAAAAAAAAUUAUGGUUGAGGGGAAAAGUAACUUGAGCAAAUUCUAUCGUAAAAACAAAUAAAAACUUUUGUUUGUAGAUA